GAUAUUGGAUAGAUAGAUUUUUGAAUUGUCAAUUGUUUUAUAGAAUAGUAAUGCAGUAAGAUAGCCAGAUUUGUUACAGUUCAACUCUAAAGAAGGUGUCCCAAUGCAAUAAUUGAAUAACAAAACAAUGCUAAUGGAAAUGUUAAUUAGUUUUGGCGUUUAGGAUGUUGGUCAGACUGUCGGAAAAUCCAAGCUGUGAACAGGUGUUUUUCGAAUGAAAUGGAAUGAGGCAGAGCGAAGUUGUAUACAAGAGGAGUAUAAAAUAGUUUGUAUGGCAUGGCUAAAGCCCAAAGAGGGGAGAAUCUGAAACAGCCGCACGGCAGCAUUUUGUUCUCACGUUCAGCGGUAGCCGCGGAAGAGGCAAUCAAGUCACGCAGCGUGUUUACUAUUUGUUUACAUCUGCACUAGAUUACUCAAUCCAUUUUUGUUCAGAUGUAGAUAUGUUGGUAAAUAAGAGUAAAACAACAAAACUAUGAAGUGUAUAAAGUUGAGGUAAUUGGUGUAGUGCAAUUUCGUGAAAAAUGCCCCAUCAGUAUGGCCUGCCAGGCAUAGCCCAUGCCCAGUCGCCCCCGACACCACCCCCUCAACAUGGGGCCAUGUACCCUAGAUUUGCUGGGGCAGUGGUGCCAGGUGGAUAUAGGGGAGAAGACAGAAGACUCACCAGGGAGGCCAUGGAGAGGUAUUUGAGGGAGAGGUCUGACAUGGUGAUAGUUAUUUUACAUGCUAAAGUUGCUCAAAAAUCAUAUGGCAAUGAGAAAAGGUUCUUCUGCCCUCCACCUUGCAUUUAUCUAUUUGGAGACGGGUGGAGGCUGCGACAGGAACAAAUGUUACGCGAAGGGGAGUCGGAACAAGCUUCUCAACUUUGCGCAUUUAUCGGGAUUGGCAAUUCGGAUCAAGAUAUGCAGCAGUUAGAUCUGAACAAUGGUAAACAGUACUGCGCGGCUAAAACGUUAUACAUUUCCGAUUCGGACAAACGCAAACACUUUAUGUUAUCUGUGAAAAUGUUCUAUGGUUCAGGACAUGAUAUCGGAGUGUUUCACAGUAAAAGAAUCAAAGUUAUUUCAAAACCGUCCAAGAAGAAGCAAAGUUUAAAAAACGCAGAUUUGUGUAUAGCUAGUGGGACAAAAGUAGCUCUUUUUAAUAGGUUGAGAUCUCAGACCGUUUCGACGAGGUAUUUGCAUGUUGAGAAUGGACAUUUUCAUGCCAGUUCGACACAGUGGGGUGCUUUUACUAUACACCUUUUAGAUGAUAAUGAAUCUGAAAGUGAAGAGUUUCAAGUUAGGGAUGGAUACAUUCACUAUGGAUCAACAGUCAAAUUGGUUUGUUCUGUAACAGGAAUGGCGCUUCCCAGACUGAUAAUUCGCAAGGUAGACAAACAGCAGGCAUUGCUUGAAGCCGACGAUCCGGUAUCCCAACUUCACAAAUGCGCAUUCUACAUGAAAGACACUGAACGCAUGUACCUGUGCCUCUCCCAGGAAAGAAUCAUACAAUUCCAGGCGACUCCUUGCCCCAAGGAACCCAACAAAGAAAUGAUCAACGACGGUGCCUGUUGGACAAUCAUCUCAACGGAUAAGGCAGAAUAUCAGUUUUAUGAAGGAAUGGGCCCAGUACGGUCGCCAGUAACACCAGUUCCUGUUGUCCACAGCUUGCACCUGAACGGCGGAGGAGAUGUUGCGAUGUUGGAGUUGACAGGGGAUAACUUUUCUCCUUCGUUGCAAGUUUGGUUCGGGGAUGUUGAAGCUGAGACUAUGUAUAGAUGCCAAGAAAGUAUGUUGUGCGUUGUUCCCGACAUCUCCCAAUUUCGAGGCGAGUGGCUCUGGGUGAGACAACCUACUCAAGUCCCCGUUUCUCUGGUAAGAAACGACGGUAUUAUAUAUGCUACGGGAUUGACCUUCACAUACACUCCAGAGCCGGGCCCGCGGCCCCAUUGUCCGCCGGCUGACGAAAUCAUGAGGCAAGGCCAGAGAAACGCCGCAGUAGCUCAAGCUCAAUCGCAAGCUGCCAUCGCAGAGACCGCUUGGAAUUCUCACGGGAUGCAUUAGGGUAAUAGAAUAUGUGCAAUUUUUGACCUUUUGCGUCUUAGAAACUGGUUGCCUUGAACUUACUACACAGCAAGGAGAAAUAUGUUGUGUGUUUUAGAAGUUUAUUUCUCAUAGGCGAGUCAGACAACCAUUUGGUAGAAAUCUCCAUAAUGUAGAAUGAGCAAAACUACAAGUGAAACUUGUAGUAUCCGUCAAUUUUGAGAAGUUCACGUAAGUAAAAUAACUGUUAUUUUGAUACAUCCAAAUUAUAUAAAAAAAAAGAUUUAAUUAUUUCGAGAGAGUACAUUCCAACAAGAGAAUGUAAAAUCCUAAAGUUCACAUAACUUUCAGUAUUUGAAAAAACUAGACCUUUUUGAUACCUUUUUUAAAUUGAUUAUUUUCAUUCAAACUUUCAGACAUGUAAUUUGUUCAACAAAUUUAUAAGAUUCAAUAAAGAGGUGAGUCAAAAUGAAAUAUUUGAUGUGGUUGAUGUAGAAUUUUCAGUUCUUGAUUCUCGACAAUCUAUACAAAAAUAAUAAUUAAUGUAAAAUAUGUGUACAACUGAAAAAGAGCCGACUGCUCUUCCAUUGCAAUGAUAGAAACGGUUUCCUUUGAAGGAAGAAAAAACUUAGAGGUGUUUGAACAACUUUGCAAAUUCUGAAUUUGUUCAUUAGAGCAAAUUUAGAAUUGUUGUUAAUAA